AUGGGUACCCAGACUCUAGUGCCGGACGAGAAAAGCACGAAUGCUACCAUAACGUGCGUUCUGCGAGCCACGAACCGCUUUCGAGACUGCUUUGUUGCAGUGCCGUCGGCGCUGGCAGCGUUCCUUGAAAAGUCUCUGCCUCCUACCGGCAGUUCGACAACCAGCGCGGUGGCAGAGGCGCAACUCGCACGCACUCUCCAAGAACAUGUCGUGCCGUUGCUUCUCAACAACCAGCUGUUGGUCGGCUGGCAUCGUGGUCGUCUCUCUCGUACCAUAGCUACACGGCUGCGUCCAGAGGUGGAGAUCGCGUCGGAGCUUGCAGCAUGCAACGGUCUGCUGGUGCGCGAUGCCGCACCUGCCGUGUCGUCGACUGCGCAAACGACUACAGCAGCAGCAGCAGCAGCAGCAGCAGCGCCCGUGCACCGUAGAGCCUCUGCGGCGGCCAGACCGGACCUGCCAACAGCGUCACCGCCGCCCGGCGACAGCCGAACAAAGCCGGGGAACAGAGCAUCCGCAGAUGCCAGUCUGGAAACGGUGACUGUUCAAGUUUCCGUCGUACCCCGAAACGAACUGGAGAUAGCGGAGCGUGUUAUUCUCGAAGCGCUGGACGAAGAGAAUUGGCAACGGCUGCACCAGCACCGAGAAUGGAUUGAGCGAGAGCUCCUGCGCCAACUCCGACUUGUACAAUGGGAUCAAUGCAUCCCUAUCUAUCUAGUGGAUCAGCCACAGCCUGUGCUUGUUACGGUGCGCCAAGUUCGCAUCACCGAGACGGUCGCACUGAAGCAGCAUUUGCUGGGCGCUGCCGGCACUCACAACUCGCUCGUGCAGGGAUCCGUUCGUGGCUAUUGGCUGAGUUUGGGCACUGAAUUGGUUUUCGUUCCACCGGGCUGGGCUGCAGGCUCCGCGACUGACGACGACGGGAAUGCGUCGCCGAACGCUGUCUCACACAACAUGAAACCAGAGCUUCGGGUCCGCGUAGUACCAGCAGUUGGUGAAGUCGACGGUCCAGAGUGCCUGGGUGCAACGGGAACCGUCCACCCGGAGACGCUUAUAGCCCUGGGCAUGCCACGCAAGCAGUUGCUGGAUACCAGUAGUAACAGCAGCAGCAGCACCAAGACACCUGCAGCGUCGCUGGUGCUCGUGUGGGAGCCAGCGGAUGCCGCUACAGAUGCUCCGGGGUCAGUGGUGUUGUCUGUAACCGUCGAUUCGAGCGUACCGCCCUUUCACGUUCGAACUGCAUACGCACCGCCGUUCUGCUGGGCGCGGGCGCACGACCUCUGCGUUGGAACUGGCCGGGACUCCUCGGCUGCGUCCUCGAUUCGACGCUACGACUGGGGCCAACUGCCUGUUGUGUACGGCAACCAGAGCGGCAAGCAACUGGUGGAAUACCUUGUGGAAGCUUUGGAGCCAGUUUUUGCCGCAUAUCAAAGCACGCCGCCGGUUCGGUUUUCGCGCUUACAGGGACGCGUUGUGCUCCUCGGCGGUGCCGCUGGCUCCGGUAAGUCGCAUGUCGCCUGGGCAAUCGCCAUGCAUUGUAGCUUGCGCUGUCGUCUGCAACCACGGCCCGUGUACAUCCCAUGUCGCUCUAUCUUCCAGUCUGGGGCGAGCUACCACAGCGAAGGGAUCCGCCAGCUACUCGAUGACCUAGUCGGAGGCAUGGCUGGUCGACCCGCCGUUCUUGUACUGGACGAUUUGGAUGCGCUUUUGGCUGACGAGACCGGUAUCGCCAGCGCUGGAAUAACGAACGCUUCCAGUGGACGGGCGCUGGGCUUGCCGAACCUCAUGGAGCAGAUUGCUGCCGUCCUGGAACGUUGCACACAGCUCGCCAACGUAGCCAUCAUCGUUACCGUGACGAUGGAACGCGUAGGCACCGCUGCGGGACCGCUGCUCCCCGGCGGCAUAAGCGGUGACGUGCUGGACACGCGACAUGAACUUCCCUUGCCCAGCACUGAACAGGAGAAAAGUGCUUUUGCAGGUCGAGUACACGAGAGUGAAAUUGCCGAUCUGCACACCCCGGCAGACUUGCUUAAAGUCGCGCUGCUUCGGAGCAUCUUCAAAGAUGAAGCAGAGGCGGUAUCUGCAACCGGUGCCCUGCAGCCGCUGCUGGGCAACGCGCUGGUGACCCCGACGGAUGUUGCCGGAACUGACCAACCGGUACUCGCGGAUCUGGGCGGGCUCGAGAAAGCGAAAACCGUUCUCGUGGACACUUUCGUGCUACCACUACGCUUUCCAGUCAUCUAUCGCCAGGCACCGAUUCGCUUACCAGCCGGUGUACUGCUCUACGGGAUGCCGGGCACGGGAAAGACGGCAUUAGUGCAAGCCGCCGUUGCCGAAGCGGGCCUCCGGCUUGUGCACAUCAAGGGUCCUGAGCUCCUGAACAAGUACGUGGGUGCCAGCGAAGCCUCCGUGCGAGCGCUCUUCUCCAAGGCACGACAGCAACGGCCUUGUGUGAUCUUUUUCGAUGAAUUCGAAAGCCUUGCCCCGAAGCGAGGCGGGACCGGUGAGCGCAGUACCGGCGUCACUGACCGCAUCGUGAACGCUUUAUUAACGGAAAUGGAUGGCGUUGAAUCUCUGGACACUGGCGUGUUUGUGGUCGCAGCGACAUGUCGCCCGGAUCUGGUGGAUCCUGCGCUGUUGCGGCCCGGACGUAUUGAUCAGUGGAUUCGACUGGACCCGCCAGCGCACAUGUCAGAGCGUCAAGCGAUCCUCCAGCGGUGUACCCGGGACUGGUUCAUCAUCGAUAGGCGCACUGGACAGCCACUUGAUGACGCUCAGCGGGAAAAGCUGCUUGCGAUGCUCGCGGAGCAAACAUCUGGAUCAACGGGAGCCGAUCUGGCUGCGCUGUGCUCCUCGACGCUGAUCUGCGCUGAGAAGCGCAUGGCGGCAGAGGCAGCAUCGGGAACUGUGCUCGCUGCAGCAACGACUGCGAGCACACUGCACGUGACUGAACAACUUGUGGUGCUACCUGAGGACUUUACUGCAGCACUCAGUACGCACCGCGUUUCGCUGCCUGCGUCGGAGCGUCAACUGUACCUCUGGGCUAUGGCGCAGUUUGAGGGCAAGCGCGCCACCGACCAAGCCAUGGACCAUGGAUCGAGACGCGUGAUGUUGCAAUAG